AUGGUGUUUAAAGAUAUUUUGGGGCUAAAAUUCCUCAAUUCCCUCAAUGGUGCUUCUUUUGCUCUAUUUAAAAUCUCUCUCUUUCAGAUUGCCUUUUACGAGGAGAGAAAUUUCCUGGGACGUCACUAUGAGUGUAGCUUCGACUGCCCAAAUCUCCACUCGUACUUUCGCCAUUGUAACUCCAUCCGCGUCCAAAGCGGCUGCUGGGUGCUGUAUGAGAGACCCAAUUACAUGGGAUAUCAGUAUGUUCUGACCAAGGGAGAGUAUCCUGACUACCAUCACUGGAUGGGCUCAAAUAGUUUCAUCGGUUCAUGUCGCAUGCAUGGAGGUUUCCAAGGUGAUUCCUAUAGGAUGAGAGUGUACGAGAGACCUAACUUCGGAGGACAGAUGAUGGAAUUCAUGGAUAACUGCCCUUCCAUGUAUGAUCAGUUCCACUACCGUAACAUCCACUCCUGCAAUGUGAUGAAUGGCUACUGGACCUUCUAUGAACAUCCUAACUACAUGGGAAGACAGUACUUCCUGAGGCCUGGACAGUACAGGCGAUUCAGCGAUUGGGGAGCAAGCUGCCCCAUUGUUGGCUCCAUGAGGCGUAUGAAGGACUUUUAA